AUGUCCCAAAACUUUGAAGUCGUUCAAGCUAGCACCUGCUCGCUGCCUCAAUACUCCCAGGCCGUCACCCAUAACGGCGUGGUGUACUGUUCUGGCGACAUUGGUGCCCUCCCUGGCACUGACUGGGAGCUGGCUCAGGGAACAGCGAAAGAUAGAGCUAGGCAAGCGCUUCGAAAUCUCUCCACUGUUCUUGAAGCCGCUGGGAGCCGACUUCAGAACGUUUUCAAGAUUACCAUCUACAUUACUACGAUGAAAAACUUCGGUCUGGUGAAUGAGGCGUAUGAUGAGUUCUUUACUUGGGACAAGAAGCCAGUAAGUUUAUCCUCCAAUUUGCAUUCCGAUGCAGCCUCUGCGCAUAGACAAAGCGGAAGUUAA